AUAACACAAGCACGCUGUUUACCACAUGAACAGGAAAUCAGUUGCUGCUUGGCCGUCAAUAACAGAACAAGAUUGGACCCGCCCUUGCCGGAGAACUACUUCGGGAACUCCAUUCAUACAGCCAAUGCCCAUUUCAGCUUUGGCUUCAGCUCUUGCAAAUGCAACACCUGAUCAGCAAAGAACAAUGCUGGGCGAAAGUUUGUACCCUCUCGUGGAUCAGCUGGAGCAUGAGAUGGCAGCCAAAGUGACAGGCAUGCUUCUGGAUAUGGGCCAGACUGAGUUUUUGCAUCUGCUCGAGUCGCCAGAGGCUUUGAAGUCCAAGGUUGCGGAGGCCAUGGACGUCCUGAGGAAUGUUGCUCAGCAGCAGGCUAACAGACAACAACUAUCCUCACUGUCCCUGAAUGAUAGCCUUGUUCCCUGAGUGUGUUGGGUGGGACUUGAAUGUGGUUCCAGCAGUUUAAAUUAAGUUUCUCUGCUAGUGAAGGCUCUAGAUUUCAUUUGAUAUGGAGUUACAUUAGCCAUAGAAUUCUGAAGUUUGAAACAUAUUGUGUGUGCUGGUUUUUGGUG